AUGGCGUCUACUCCUGAAGUUGAUCAGGCCCAGAAACCAGUCCCUAUCGAGGCCAAUGAAAAGGUCCACGACUCCGAAACAUCCUCCAGCACUCAGGCAGAAUUGGCUGGUAUCCCUGACUUUGAGAAGCCUCCCCGUCAUACUCACUGGACGGUGGACAACGAGACCCAUCAGCUUGAACCAACUUCCAGUGCUCGUAGCGAUGGCAAGAUUCUGCUCAAGGAAGAGGAUGUCUACGACCGACUUGGCUACGGUUUUCCCACAUGGAAGAAGUGGAUGAUCCUCACUAUCAUCUUCCUUGUCCAGGUUUCUAUGAACUUCAACACCAGUCUAUACUCUAACGCUCUCGGUGGCAUCUCUGAAGAGUUCCACAUCUCUGAGCAAGCUGCUCGCUGCGGUGCUAUGAUCUUCCUUGUCCUCUACGCUUUCGGUUGUGAACUGUGGGCUCCAUGGAGUGAAGAAAUUGGACGCAAGCCAAUCCUCCAGGCCAGCUUGUUCCUUGUCAACGUCUGGCAGCUUCCUGUCGCUCUAGGUAGGAACUUUGCCACCAUCAUGGUCGGCCGUGCACUCGGAGGUCUGUCCUCUGCCGGUGGUUCCGUCACUCUUGGUAUGAUUGCAGAUAUGUGGGAAGCAGACAACCAACAAUAUGCCGUGGCAUACGUCGUUUUCUCCUCUGUUGGCGGUUCCGUUCUGGGCCCUGUUGUUGGUGGUUUCUGUCAGGAGUACCUCCACUGGCGCUGGUGCAUCUGGAUUCAGCUCAUCUUUGGUGGUUUCGUCCAACUCUUGCAUUUGUUCCUUGUCCCUGAAACCCGGUCCACCAUUAUGAUCGAUAAGAUCGCCAAGAAGAUGCGCAAGAGCGGUGAGAAUCCUAACAUCUACGGGCCAAAUGAACUUGAGCCAUUCCGUGAGCGUUUCUCGGCCAAGGAAAUCGGAAUUACCUGGAUUCGUCCUUUCCACAUGUUCUUGACCGAACCCAUCGUCUUGACACUAUCCUUGCUUAGUGGUUUCAGCGAUGCCUUGAUCUUCAUGUUUGUCCAGUCUUUCGGCAUGAUCUAUAAGCAGUGGGGAUUUGGUCCUGUCGCUCAGGGUCUUUCGUUCAUCCCUAUUCUAGUGGGAUACUUCAUUGCUUGGUUUUCUUUCAUCCCAGCUAUUAAGCGCAACAUCCGCGAGCGUGCUGCGAAGCCUGACGAUGAAGUUGCACAGUAUGAAUCUCGUCUCUGGUGGUUGCUCUACACUGCUCCUUGCUUGCCCAUCGGCUUGAUCGGUUUCGCCUGGACUACUCAAGGGCCCCCACUUCCUUGGAUUGCCAGCAUGAUCUUUGCAGCUAUCGUCGGUAUCGCCAAUUACGCAAUUUAUAUGGCUACUAUCGACUACAUGAUUUGCGCCUACGGUCCAUACUCUGCGUCUGCUACUGGAGGAAACGGGUGGUCUCGUGACUUCCUCGCCGGUGUUCUCACUAUCCCGGCCACUCCAUUCUUUGAGAAUAUUGGAGGACGUUACCAUAUCCAGUAUGCCUCGACAAUCUUGUUCUGUAUCUCCUUCCUCCUUGUGCUCGCCGUGUACGUGAUUUACUGGAAGGGCCCUACUCUUCGCAAGCGCUCUCCUUUCGCUCAGCAGCUGUCUGACGCGCGUGCCACUACCGAUGGUUACGGCCAUCGCCUCGCUCGUUUGCCGACUGGUUCUCGUGCCAACUCAUUUGCCCGUUCUCAGCAAGAAUUGCGUCUGCGUCAGACUCUCGGCAGCCGUCAGAAUAGCUGCUACGGUUCACGCGCCAACUCUCGUGCGAACUCUCGUGCGAACUCUCGUGCUAAUUCUCGAGCAAAUUCCCGCGUCAACUCCCGUCGCAACUCUCUUGCUGAAGUCUAACGGGAGUUUGAUUUAUUAUCACCUAUGGUGGCAAUGCAAUCUGAAUAAGCCAAUACCUGACAACUCCUGAACCAAUCAAUGAUGACGAGUCUGAGACCAAGUCUGCCAGCCUUUUGGUUUUUUUUUUUUUAGGCACCUGGUUUAUUCUUGCUGAUACUCUCUGUUUCAUCUUUUCUUAUGAUGC